UCACCCCCGAAAAAUAAUAUAAUUUUCUGAUUCCAAUGGGCCGCAAAGUGUCUUGGUCUCUUGCCGCUCUUUCUCCCGACCACGGGUACAGUUAGGAUUGCACUUUUGGACCUUGGCAGUGUCGUUCAAUUGAUACCUAGACGGCUUUCCUUGGAGAACGACGGUCAGACUUCGAAGCGACCCCGACUUAAUCAUGAAGACCAACAGUGCUUCUGACCUACCUGAGCCAGUGCCGCCGCCUGGUCUACCGCUAGAAGCAAAACCUAUCCCGAUAUCUCCCAAACAACAGACCGUUGAUAUGCCCUCAAAGGUGUCCGACCAAUGGAAUACGAGAAACCUAGGCCUCCGGCUCGGCGCAGAUGCUCUGAGUGCUACGUGCGCGGCGUCCUUGAUAGCGCCUCUUAUUUCUAUCAUUGACAGGUCCAUUAUGGAAAAUACAUCGGGCAGAAGCACCCUAACGGAAAGCAUCAAGACCUCUCUACGCGCUCUAGUUACCCGUCCUCACAUAAUGCUAUUUUCGCGACCGGUGGCGCUCAUCUUCAUGCUGUAUGGUGGCACGUAUCUGACGGCGAAUACGCUCGACACAGUCUCUUCAACAAUGCGCGGCAAGCCCGCCACAUUUGUAUCUUCAGGAACGGAGAAGUUUGCCGCGUCCUCAGCUGCCAAUGUCGGACUCUGCAUAUACAAAGAUCAGGUAUAUGUCAGGCUUUUUGGACCGGGAGGUCCGCCACGUCCCGUACCGCUGCCCACGUACGGACUCUUCGCACUGCGUGACUGCUUGACGAUCUUUGCGUCCUUCAAUGUGCCACCGCUGCUUGGUCCUGUUGUAUCGGAGCGUCUGAGUGCCGAAAUGCGCCGGAGAGUCAGUGGCGAAACUAUCGCUCAGUUUGCAGCACCAGCCGCCGUUCAAUUGUUCUCAACCCCUAUACAUCUUCUAGGAUUGGACGUUUAUAAUCGUCCUACUGGUGUCGGUGGUAUUUCGUGGGCUGACCGUUGGACAUUGAUAAGGAAGAAUUGGCUGAUCAGCUGUGCUGCCAGAGUUGGUCGAAUUGUUCCGGCUUUCGGACUUGGAGGCACAGUUAACAUGAAGAUUCGCAGGAACUUGAUGGAGAGGCUCUCGUAGUGGAUAAACUAUUAUAGACUCAUGUUGGCUAAUGCCACAUGUCUAAGAUUUAUAGAACUGUACAAUUUUCUCGGGAUCUGGUGCUAAGGGAGCAGAUAGCCGAACUCAUAGCCAGACUGUUUGGAUAUUAGGAUUUCUGAUUCAAGCGAUGU